GAGAAAUAAACGCCUGAUUAAUACUUUAACAUUAAUCACGCAUUUCCAGUUGCGAAAUAAAACAAAAGGCAAAACAUGACUCGACAAUAAUAUAAUAAUGACUAAGCAGUAACGUUGAGGAAAACACUACCGUAAUACGUACUGGCUGGUAAAUAACCUACGCGGUAAAGAAAUAUCUCGUAGUUGUGGGAUUCUUGCAAAAUGGAGACGCUUUAUCACCAAACGAACAGAAUGGUGCACGAGGUGCAGAAUAAUAUGAGUAGAUUGGAAACUGCAAGCGAGCAUGAAGUACAUGUUAUUGAGAACAGCAUACGUGCACAAAUUGAACAAGUCAUGGGGAAUUGUGAAAGACUUGACAUUCUGGUAAACAAGGAACAUCCAACUCGGCGACAAAACGCAAGAAUGAGAGUUGACCAGGUUCGCUACGAUUCCCAACAUUUACAAGCUGCUCUUCGUAACUUUGAACACCGGAGGCAUAUGAGACACCAACAGAGAAAAGAAAGAGACUUACUAAUGAGAACUUCAUUUAAAACUAACGAUGAAGAAAACACAGCGAUAAAUAUGGGAGAUGCUCAAGUAAACCAUCAUUCCAGUUUAACAAACGCACACAAAGGAAUCGAUGAUUUAAUCAGUCAUGGUUCAAGUGUUAUUGACAACUUACGUUCACAAAGAGGGACUUUGAAGGGCGUCAAAACUCGUAUGCUGAACAUUGCAAACACAUUAGGACUUUCAAACACAGUAAUGAGACUCAUAGAGAAACGGACAACUCAAGACAAACUUAUUCUCUUUGGUGGAAUGUUCGUAACCAGUCUCAUUAUGUUUCUAAUAUGGAAAUAUUUUGCAUGAGCUGUAGACAUAUUUCGUGCAGGUUACCAGUGUUGGGGUAUAGUUGCGAUAUGCUUGAAAGAAUUUUUAUGGACAUGUCAAUAUAUAUGGUUUUCAAACUGCCUUUAACACCUUUUAGUUUAUUCCUAUUAGUAAUAUUCUAACCAUCAAUGCUUGUAAGCAGGAACGGCUCUUCCCAUUUUGCUAUAUGUUUAGAUAGAAGUUUCUCAGUGGUGAAAUAUAGGGAUAAUGUAUGACGUUGUACUUGUACCACAAUUAUGAAAUUUAUGUCUUGUAAAACUGCUGUAUAACAUUCGUGGAUUUAUUUUAAAAGGAACGGACACUUUAUAUUGUCACGCAACUUAUGUGCAAUUUCCUGCCCGAUAGGAAACAUUUGUUUUCUUUGUAUAUAUACAACAUAUGCAACGUUUGAGGUGACAGUUACGUGCGAUAGUCUUGGUGUCCAGGGUGUGUAGUUACAAAAAAAAACGUUAUCUUACAUUGUUAAUAUUGACUUGCAAUAUUGUGCCAUUAUUUUGUUGGGUUUUAGUACUUUGUGUUAUUACUUACCUGAGACCUUUUUGAAACUGAAACGGCCAAGCUAAGACGGAAAUAAAGACAUUAUGAG